GCCACCGCAGCCACCGCAGCCACCGCAGUUACUGCUCUCACCUACGCUUUUGUGUGUGUCUGUACCCCACGGAGAAGAUGACCGUGGGGAGGCCUGCGGGAGUCUCUGGCGGCGCUCGGAGCCUUCAGGUGAGGAAAGAGAAGGGGAGGAAUCAGAUAUUUCCCCCCAAAUCCUCCUCAGACACAGAGGCAGAAGAGGAGCUGUCUGGGAAUGGGCUGGUUUUGCCGAGGGCUGGCAAACUUGAUGAGUUCCUCAGCCUAGAGGAGACAGAUUCUACUUCUGACUCAACUGAGAGCUUUUACGAGACCCUGCAAGCGCUAAAGCAGAAAGGCAGGUGGUGCCUGUCAGAAUCCCCUCAUGAGUCUGAGCCAGACAGUGAUGAGAGCCUCUCUGAAGAUGAGGACCUGGAGAGGUUCUUCCGAGACAAAGGCAGGGAGAAGCCACAGGCCCGGGACCCCCCGGCUCCAAGCACAGGGCAGCUGCUUUCUCCCUCCAGGUGUGGCUCCACACGACGCUGCAGCUCCCUGAGCAACGUGCCCUCUGACAUUCCCAAGUUUCAGUCCCAGCCACCUGCAGGCUCCAGGCCUCCUUCCCAGCACAGAAGCAUCAGCUCCUGGGCAUCUUCCAUCACCGUCCCUCAGCCGUUCCGUAUGACGGUGCGCGAGGCCCGGAGAAAGGCCCAGUGGCUGGCCUCACCGGCCUCCUUCGAGCCAGAGAGGCAGCAGGCCCAGAGGCAGGGCCAGGAGGAGGCUGAGUGCCACCGGCAGUUCCGGGCACAGCCGGUGCCUGCGCACGUCUACCUGCCCCUUUACCAGGAAAUCAUGGAGCGUAAUGAGGCCCGAAGGCAGGAAGGGAUCCAGAAGAGGAAGGAACUGCUCCUCUCUUCUUUGAAACCCUUCAGCUUCCUGGAGAAGGAGGAGCAACGAAAAGCCGCUCAACAGAAGGAAUUGGCUGCCACUGCUAAGGCCAAGGUCUCCAAGCAGAAAGCCACCAGAAGGAUCCCCAAGUCCAUUCUGGAGCCAGCCCUUGGGGAUAAACUCCAGGAGGCUGAGCUCCUCAGGAAGAUUCGCAUCCAGAUGAGAGCCCUAGACAUGCUCCAGAUGGCCUCCUCCCCACUCACCUCCCCCAGCGGCAGAGCUGACCCUCGGCCCCGCACGGCCACCCGAACUCGGGAGGAAAAGCUUGGGUUUCUGCACACUGACUUUGCAUUCCAGCCUCGGGUGAAUCCUGCCGUCCCUGACUAUGAGGCCCUUUACAAGGCCUUCCAGAGAAGAGCUGCCAAGGGAAGAGACACCCGAGAGGUGACUCGAAACAAGCCCUUCUUGCUGAGGACCGCCAGCCUGUGUCGCACUCGGAGGCCCUGUGAUGCUGCCGCCACUAGAGGGAGGGAGGACUCACCACAGCCGCCCACCACGCCCCGGCCGAGGAGUCAUUCCCUGAGCGGCCUCACUUCCCUCUCCGCCAACACCCUGCCUGUGUACAUCACAGAUGCCACCAGGAAGAGGGAGUCCGCAGUCAGAAGUUCACUCGAAAAGAGGGACAGAGCGGAUGAGAGCACCCAGUGGCUGGAGGCGCACAAAAAGAAGCGUCAAGCCAUGUCUCAGUCUGUGGCCUUGCGCGCGAAAGCCAUGGACCCCCAUAAGAGCCUGGCGGAGGUGUUCAAAGCAAAGCUGAAGGAAAACCGGAACAAUGACCGUAAAAGAGCAAGAGAGUAUAAGAAAGAAUUGGAGGAAAUGAAGAAGAGAAUACAAACAAGGCCCUAUCUCUUCGAACAAGUUACCAAGGACCUUGCCAGGAAAGAAGCCGAGCGACGGUACCAAGACACCCUGAAGCAGGCCGGGCUGGACGAAGACUUUGUGAGGAACAAGGUGCGGGGCACCGGCGCUGUGCACUGGAAGGAGCGGUCCGAAGUCCACCGUCACCCCAGCACCCAUGAAACUACAAAACGCAGCAUCAGAAACCCACAGCAAGAUUUGGAAGAAUCUCUAGAACAGCCUACAAGCCCCAAGAAAGAACAGGAGGAGCUGCCUUAUGAAUUGCUAGAUAAUCUGAAAUCACUUGCUUAAUCGGUACUCUUAAAAUUACUGCUUUUCAGUAAUAUUAAGCAGCCAGCAUGGGGUUGAAUCAGGCGGGCAACAACUGCGUUCAAGGUAAUCAAAGUGGAGCAGCCCGGAGUGGAAGGAGCAGAGCCAAGUUAACUGUCUGUCCUUCGCGCCUCGCACUCCAACGUGAGGACAGAAAGGGCGCGAGCCUCCACGCCUCCAAGGGCCAUUCAGAACCUAAGUGGGUCAGAUGGGCUGGCUGUGAGACAGCAGUAGGAGCCUCUGCUGGAAUACAGACCUGGGAUUGCCAGAUCAACUGCAUUUUCAACAGAAGCCAGAAACCCACACACUGGCAACUAAUUUAAAAAUGCCCUGGCUGGUGUGGCUCAGUGGACUGAGUGCCAACCUGCAAACGGAAAGGUCACCAGUUUGCUUCCCGGCCAGGGCACACCCCUGGGUUGUGGGCCAGAGCCCCAGUUAGCGGGGAGGCAGCUGAUAGAUGCGUAUCUCCCACACUGGUGUUUCUCCCUCCCUCCCUUCCCCUCUAAAAGUAAAUAAAUAAAAUCUGAAAAUAAUAAUAAUUACCUGGGACUAUUAUAUGGGCAAAAGAAAAUGGCUGGGGGUUGACAGGUUUGUAACUUCUAGUCCAGGGCUUGUCAGCCUCAGCACCUCUGGCAUUUUGGGCCCGAUGAGUCUGCUGGGUGCAGGGAGGGGAGCUGUCUUGCACACUGGAGGAAGUUUAGCAGCGUCCCCGGCCUCUGCUGGCUAGAUGCCAGUGACACUCCUCCAGCUGUGACAGCCGAGUCUCUCUAGAUACUGCCGAAGGUCCUGGGGCGGUGGCGGGGAGCAAAAUGUCCCCAGUUGAGAACAACUGCUCUAGUAUAAAAGGCCAUAACAAGUAAAAACUGGCAAUUUUAAGACUAUAAGUAAGGGACAUGAACUCAGUCUACAUUACCCCAGGAUGAUCACACAUGUCAUUUAAAACGGUUCUUUCCCGUUCUCCAUUGGGAAUGUGAUCUGUGCGCGUGUGUGUGUGUCAGCACGAGGUGCAUUUUAAAUAAAUCUGAAACUCCUCUGAAGCCAUGGUUUUCUACUAGUCAUUGGUCCUGAGAAAACUUUUCUUCUCACCAACUGUAAUUAGAUAUUCUCUCUCAGCAGCUGAAGAGACAGGAUAAUAGCACGAGUACCCACUCUAAUGGGAGCAAGUUUCUCUCUCUUUUUUUAACUUUCUGGGAAAAAUCAAAAGUAUCUGCUAUUGCCCAUUUUCCAGACUGAGACACGGUCCUUCCCGUGAUGACGGAGUGAUACUCCGCUGACUGUGCUCUGGGUCUGCUCGUUAGGGAUGAAGAUGCUCGUGUCACGCUCCCUAAGACUCCUGAGCUCGGGUUACCUGCAGGGGAUCCUACGGGCACAUCACGACCUCACCCUAAAGCGGAGACGGAACCAUUUCUGAAUCUCCUCACUAACAAAACAAACUCUGUCUGAAACGAGAGGCCAAGGAACUGACUGGGCUGUUUUGUUUAUUAAAGGGAAAAC